UCAAAUUGCUUAACUCCAGCUUGAGACCGCGGUAUAAAUGUGCCAUGGUGGCGAAGCCUUCGCCACAGCUUACCGAAGGGUCGGCCAAGGAGUAUCUAAACACAGAUUAAACAUGAAGUAUAUAGUUCUAGUCCCAUUAAUGGUGGUCCUGGCUCUGGCGUGGGGCAAGUCCACCUACACCGACAAAUGGGACAACAUCAAUGUUGACGAGAUCCUAGAAUCCCAAAGACUUCUAAAGGGAUACGUCGACUGCCUCAUGGAAAGGGGUCGUUGUACUCCAGAUGGGAAAACUUUGAAGGAAACCCUACCUGAUGCUUUAGAAAAUGAAUGCUCCAAGUGCACAGCCAAGCAGAAGAACAGCUCAGACAAGGUUAUUAGGUUCUUGGUCAAUAAACGCCCUGACCUAUGGAAUGAACUGUCCACAAAGUAUGACCCCCAAAACAUUUACCAGCAGAGAUACAAAGACAAGAUAGACUCAGUCAAAGAGAAAAAUUAAAUAGAGACUGUAUAAAAUGAUUGAAAUAAACUGCCAGCUUCUAUUUAUAGAGGUUGAGGAGUUGAAAUUAUUGUGAUAAAAUUGAUGAUGGUGAUAUUGGUAUUUAUAAUAAAUAAGUUGAAUCGAAA